UCUUCCACUUCAACAACCAAGUAGUUUUCGGAGAGCAUUCCCCGGCAGCAAUGUGGAGGGAAAGGCCGAAGAGCUAAUUUUCUUUUCUACUCCACGCUCCUGCCUUGCGUUGCGUUUCUCUUCGUCUAGUUAUGAACUUUGCGUUUGUUGGGGGACAAAACAAACCGUCCGUUAUUGGGGAAGGCGAGUCAGAAGUAAGGAAACUGCAGACUGUCCGACUCGUGCUUUUCCCCCCUUUACUUUUUCCUUUUUUUUCCGCGUGAACCAUUUUCUUACACAUGGAUAUUAGGAGAUAAAAUCGGACGUGUUGCUUUCUCUUGAGUAGCUUUCUCGGUCGCUUGGACUGUGUUUUUAUGUUGUCUCCGGGCUCUGGAGGAGGAGAGAAAGUGCCAUUCCUCAGGAGCACAAGAAGUAGAGACGUAAAAGGACCACAAGUUGUCCACAAGCUGCGAAGGAGACGAAACUUUGCCAAGUUGCUGCGCAUCCGGCCGCAGACGCCAAAUAUUCGUCGACAUUUUCUCCUGCUGUUAACUUUACCUGUGGAUUAUUAACACGACAUGGACCACGGAGUCGCGUUCAGAGGAUGAAAGAGGAGUUUUGAAACAUGGACUGAUUCUUUUAGUUAGUUUACUGCAAGUGACACGUUUGGACUACACUGCUCUGGCAAAGAAAAAAAAGUCAGUUCUUGCGUUUGUUUUUCCUCCUUUGCGAUCCGAUCCACUGGUGUGCGAAAAUGCCUCAGCUCAACGGAGGCGGUGGGGAUGAUUUGGGGGCCAAUGAUGAAAUGAUCUCGUUCAAAGACGAGGGGGAACAAGAGGAAAAGAUAUCCGAAAAUGUGUCCGCGGAGAGGGAUUUGGAUGAUGUGAAAUCCUCCUUAGUGAACGAGUCGGAAAACAACAGCAGCUCAUCGGACUCAGAGCAAGCGGAGAGGCGCCCCCAAACCAGACCCGACUCAGAAAGUUAUGAGAAAACAAGAGACUACUUCAGUGAAGCACUGAGAAGACAGCAAGAUGGUGGCUUUUUUAAGAGCCCUCACUAUCCAGGCUACCCGUUUCUAAUGAUUCCAGACCUCACCAAUCCAUACCUAUCCAAUGGUUCGCUGUCUCCCAGAACAUACCUGCAGAUGAAAUGGCCUCUGUUGGAUGUCCCCACUUCUGCAGGAAUUAAAGACUCUCGUUCUCCAACACCGGGACAUUUAUCCAAUAAAGUCCCGGUGGUACAGCAUGCCCACCACGUCCAUCCACUGACACCGCUCAUCACCUACAGCAAUGAACACUUCUCUCCCGGCACUCCGCCAUCACACCUCUCGCCAGAGAUCCUCGAUCCAAAGACAGGUAUUCCUCGGACGCCUCACCCAUCAGAACUCUCCCCAUACUACCCCCUGUCUCCCGGUGCUGUUGGUUCAAUUGCACACCCUCUGAGCUGGCUCAUGCCACAGCAAGGCCAGCCCAUGUACUCCAUCCCUCCAGGGGGAUUCCGUCACCCCUAUCCAGCACUGGCAAUGAAUGCAUCCAUGUCCAGCUUGGUGUCCAGCCGUUUCUCCCCACACAUGGUGACCCCUCCUCCACACAGCCUCCACCAGACUGGCAUUCCCCAUCCUGCCAUCGUCUCACCAGCCAUUAAGCAGGAGCCCAGCGGUGACAACAUCAGCCCCUCGAUGCACGCCAGGAAGUCGCCUGUUCCUGCCAAAAAAGAAGAGGACAAGAAGCCUCAUAUCAAGAAGCCUCUGAAUGCUUUCAUGCUAUAUAUGAAGGAGAUGAGAGCCAAAGUGGUGGCAGAGUGCACUCUGAAAGAGAGUGCGGCCAUCAAUCAGAUCCUUGGAAGACGGUGGCAUUCUCUGUCAAGAGAGGAACAAGCCAAAUACUACGAGCUAGCUAGAAAAGAGAGGCAACUCCACUCGCAGCUCUAUCCUGGAUGGUCAGCACGAGAUAACUAUGGAAAGCGGAAAAAGAGGAAGAGAGAGAAUAAACCAGACUCAAAACCAGAGGACUUCUCGAUAAGAAGUAAGAAGCAGUGCGUGCAGUACCUGCCGUCAGAGAAGAUGUGUGACAGCCCGGCGUCGUCUCAUGGAAGCAUGCUGGACUCACCGGCCACUCCGUCUGCUGCCUUGGCCUCCCCUGCUGCUCCCGCUGCCACUCACUCCGAACAGGCCCAGCCGUUAUCGCUCACCACCAAACCGGAGGGACGCAUGCACCACCACUUCUCCCUACCUGGGAAGGUCUCUGGAUCCACAUCCUCCUCCUCUUCUUCCUCCUCCUCUUCCUCUUCUUCUUCCUCCUCCCAGCCUACUAUCUCCAUCCCUAUUGGUACUUCAGGUAGCCAGUCGAACACACCUAUCCUCACCCGGCCUAUCCCCUUCACUUCUCUGCACCCCUCUAUGCUCUCCCCCUCCUCCCCCUUCCAUCAGGCAGCCCUUCACUCCCAUCAUUCCCUGUUCCAGUCGCAACCCCUCUCCUUGGUUACCAAACCAACUGAAUGAAUCCGUAAAGGCAAUUUUCUCUCAUUUAUUGUGCUGUAUAUUGCUUUUCUUUCAAAUAGAUGUUAGAACAGCCUUUUUUUCUAAAUAUUGAAAAGGAAGAAAUAUUAUUGGUCAAUAUUUGACUGCCUCCUUUUCUACAUCUCUCAAUGAAAACAAAAUGUAUUUUUUGUAAAGUUUACCGCAGAACUGGGUUCUUUUUGAUGCAUUUAUCCAAUGAACUUCUUGUAUAAAAGAACCAAUGUACAUAACGUUUCUUUAUAAAAGCAAAAAAAAGAAAAACACAUUUUCUUUCUAGCCAAAACCUAAUUAAUGUUAGUAUGAAGUUAAAGUCCUAGUCUUGGCCAAUAAUUGCAACCCCUUUUUCAAUUCACUAGUGUUUGCCCCUUCUUUGACAUGUUAAAUAAACAUUUGAAAUUGUUUCUUAA